UCAUGUUUGGUCACACUGUCACUUUCUGCCCAACAUAGCGGCCGCCAUUCGGCACACAGCUGCUGAAAGAGAGCGUUAAGGAUAGAGAAUCAGAGGGUAGAACUGAGAAUUGCCUGACUACAUGAAGCUGAAAACAAGGACUUGGCGAAAGCUUAAAGCUGGUUUAAAGUUGACACUAAGGCUCACAAUUCUCAAGCUCGGAUUGCUCAUCGGGACACUACUAUGAAGAGCGGGAAUGGAAACAAGACAAAAAGAUGACUUCGCGGAGUGACAGCCAAAUACUGAGCCGAAUGAAGUUGGAGGAAGAGGCGACAAAGAAUCCUGUGUUGGUGCUGUAGUCAUUCAUCUUCUUCAAUCCCAUGAGCCCAGAGUGAAAACUUUCUAUAAAAAAGGAGAAGAGCUGGGUCUUUGAAAAGAAGCAGUCAAAGACAUAAAAUAAUUCCGGCAGCCAUUACCUGCAUACUGCGGACCAGGAUGAAAUCCUGUUAUUAUGUGGACCUAAAGCUGUGUCUGACUUAGUGGUUAUGCCACAGAGCAGUAGGAGUAGCAUGGCCUCUCCUCCCCGUUCUUACGCUCCGUCACAUCCUCCCACGCCUCAUUUCCCAAAUAAUUCCUCGUCAGGUGUUCCUUUUGGUCUUCCUCUUUCAAAGGAAACUAAACCAAAUCCGUGUCGUGUAACUCAACUGACCUCAUUCUUGCCAUCUUUUUCACAUCCCUCGACCUUAUCGCUUGAGACCAGAAUUUGUCCGGCCAAGCAUGGCAUCGCGGUGUCGCUCUGCCUGGUGGAUAGUCGCACUGCUUCCUCGUCCGGGCUUGCCAGUGACAAAGAUAUAGAAACGGAGCCAAAGCCAAUUGGCUGGGUGUCCCCUAAUACUUGGGACAGCCGCUUUGAUGAGACAAAACUAAAUACAACAAUGGAUAUCUGCAAACCAACAGCUUUGUGCAAAGUUGAAGAUAAGGGUGACGUUGAAAACACAAAGCAAUACAGUCAUUUUUCAGAGCAGAUACCCGCUGAGGCAGACUAUAUCGAUAUUGUGCAGGCAUCCUUGCUUUUUGGAUGCACUCCAUCAGCAACAACAGAACAGAAAUCAGAGGUGCAAAUGCAACCAAAAGCUCAAGUGGAGUCACAUAUGCAAACCACAAGUCAGUCAAAGCCACAUAAAGAACAAUUGCUAAUUCAUUUAACAGAGAAAAGACAAGCAUGUAGGUAUGGUAGAACAGAGGCUGCUCCAUUACAACAUGCAAACAUGGCAGUUGAACCUUCAGCCACACUCAACCGUUUUCAAUCCCAUCAAUCCUACCCCGUUGUCUCCGAAUCAUUUCACCACGUGAAUAGCGUCCAGUUCUCAGAGCGAGAGACAAGUAAACAAGCGAAAAUGGCUUCCCAAACAGAGGAGGUGAAGUGCCGUCAUCGGGAAUCCUACAGAGCAGCGCUCCAAAAUCCUGUCACUGUUAAGUAUGAAAAGGCCAAAGCAAGGAUGUUGGGUGUUGUGCAGGAGGAUGGAGAAAUCCCGUAUUGCGAUGGCGGAAGAAGACAAUCAGAGACUACAAGCGGUUGCCCUCAAUGUCAUGACCAAAAACGUAUCCAUGAAUUCAGGACCCGAAUCCAGCACUAUUCAAAUGCAGAUAGUACCAUCUCUAUGGAGUCAGUACAGAAAAACACUGCUCCAUUUUGGAAACAAGAAGAUGCAAACCCAGUUUUCCGUAUGCCCGACAAACUCGGACAAAAUAAGGGUAUCCAUAGGACCUCUGUGCCUUUUCAAGCACAUUAUGACAAAUCUUACACCGUUUUACAGAAUGGAAGUGGAACAAACUUUGAAAGAGCUUUACAGCACACCUGUGAUCCUACAGAGGCACAUGUGCUUUCCACCAAUCACCAUAGCACUCCCACUGGGGCGAGUCCGACUGUCUCUUCGCCUAUGUCACCACAAAAGAAUAAACAGGAAAUGGACGGAAGAUGUUCCUCCCUCUCUACCGCAGUGGUAGACACCUCAGAGAAGUGCCAGUUGGUCCUUGUGGAUGGUGAGAAUGUUAGGAAGGGCCGAAACGAUAACACCCGUGCAGAUGUGCCUCAGCUUCACGUGGUCAAGUGUAAAAAAAGCACAGCCUUUCGACUAGUUUCACCUAAAAUCAACAAGAUGAAGGUCACCAUUCCAGAUAGGGUAAAUAAAUCCACCACAAAUAGAAAGACGGAGAGCUCCUCAAUAGAUUUUUCGAUUCUAGCAACUGAAGUCAAGAGCAACUGUCAGCCGUCCUCUGUUCAUAACAGUCACAGACCGGACCACCUUCCUCUGGGAUCUCCAGAUCACAGAGAUCACCCACUUUAUCAAGGAGUAGCAACACUCACAGGAGGCAGAGAUAGGAUGGGUAGGGCAAUCACUGAGCUCUACGGAGACCACCAAGGAUGGCGAUCCAAUGUGACCAGCCAGGAGCUCUUGGAGAUGUUGCUGUACUUCCACUCUGUCAUCAGGAGAGAAAUCAGAGAAGCUGGGAUGACUCUUAUCUUUGAUGCCAGGAAAUCAAAUCCUCUUCCACAGCUGUACAAGGCUUUGAUGCUGCUGCAGGAGCACUCUCCCCAAGCAGUAAACAGUUUGGUUCUUCUAUUGGACAAAGAAAGCAGCGCCCUGCCAGACCGAUGCCCCACUAUUCAGACUGAAGUGGUGACAUCAUUGAAAGCCUUGACCAAACUGGUGGAAGAGAGUCAACGGACAUUUCGUCUGGAUGGAACACUAUGUCACAACCAGAGCGACUGGAUAGAACUUCAUCGGAAACUCUUUCCAUUUGCGUUGGAUCUUCAUGACGCCUCCAGUCUGUUGCAAAGUGCAAUAAGUCAUUUAAAAGCUCCUCAGGGAACGGAUUGUGUGCAGAGUGUUCAGCAAUGUAUGAAGGACCAGAGGACUCUGAUGCGUGAUGUACUGGAGGACAGUCGAUUGGUCAGCCUGCAGAGAGAGGGUGGGGCCAUCCUGGCGAGGCUGAGGAAAGAAAGUGACAUCAGAUACCCUCACUGUGAGGAUCUCAGUGAUGCUGUGGACUCACUGACUAGCCUGUACAACCAUGUGGAGGAGCAGGUCCACAUCCUUGUACAUAGCUCCAACAAGUCUCUAGAACACUUGGAGUAUCUGUUGCAAGUCAGAGAGAUGGAGCGUCACUUCACACAACUCCAACAGUGGUUUUAUAUAGAGGGAGAGCGCCAUCUGCAGGAAGCUAAAUCAGUAGAGGAAUCUGGAGACCAGUUAGAGCAGAUCCUCAACAGCUUUACUGCUUUUCUUUUGGAUGCUAACGAUCGUAGACACCAUGCCAUGUCAUUAGCGCAAGACGCGGAACAUCUCCAACAGGCUGGGAUGUCGUACCCAGAGACGCAGGCGUUCAAAAGCAGAGUCUGUGCAUUCAAAUCGGACCUGGACGACUUUCUGUGUAGAGCGGAGGCGUGCGGCAGGGAGCUACAAAUCAUGGUCAAUGUGUGUGACUUUUGUGAGCAGGCCACAUCUCUGGCUGUUGAUUGCAUCCACUAUCUCGAACAGAAUCAAACCAGAAUCUCUAACACCCAAGAUGGUAAGCCAAGGACAACACUUUUCAGUGAAAUUCAUCAAAACGAAGACUCUGAACUGACCGGCAGCCAGUGUGCCAUCAGUGUAUUAUCGUCAGACAAUGACAGUUCUAUCCUCCAACUCUUCCAAGACAAGUUACUCCAGUUCAGCAAAGAGAGAUUUCAGGAGGUGAGGGCCCAGGCCAGCGCCUUGCGUGGCUCCAGAGGGAUGAAGAUCUGGAACGCAGCAUGGCUGCGCUGCCAAGAGGCCCGGCAAUUACUUCAGGAUAGGAUGCACGAUACCAGUGACAAGGUCUUUGACAGGCAGUACAGUGGCUUAUGUGGGCGUCAUUACGUGGAUGUGGCCAACACCCUAAAAACACUCCCUGGUAGUCUGAUGGUGCCGUCAACUCCAGGGCCCUGUCAUCCAGAUUGGGAGAGCAUUGUGUCUGGGCAAGUGGAUUUAGAGAAAAGAAGACCAAUCCUGGGCAAGAACAACACAACUGAAACCGCAUGUAACGUUACCAUCACACCUGAAGACAAAAAUGGCAGUCAGGGAUCAAAGGUCAAAUCAAAGUCAUCAAACAGGUCAGGAAAGACAGCGUUGCGUGAGUCGAAGAGAAGUAGGACGAGAAGUGAUCGAGACGCCGCCGCCCUUUCGCAAUCCCACACUGUCGGCUGCCAGUGGUUCCCGUGGGGACGAAGCCCACGAGCUGAGUCCCAGGCCUCAAUUUUAACACCCAUCGAGGCGUCCGGGUGUUCCGUGCCCGCAGGGGAGCAGGUUCGACCGUCGUCCUCUUGCUCCCGCCACGGUCAGCCAUCUUGCCGGAUUCUGCAAGAGGCUCAGAAGUUUCAGCUCUCUCGCCACGGAAGCUUCUCCGAGGGCUCCUGCAAUCAGGGUGCUGCGGAGGGCGGGGCAUAUCUCAGCAAACACGGCAGCUUGCCCACUGGAAGGGGCGAAGGAACGUUUUGUUUGGAAAGGCCACAAGAGCGCACUAACAAUUCUCUGAGGUUGCAUCGUGUCCUGGAGGAGCUUCUACUCACUGAACGGGAAUACGUCCGCUCGCUAAACUAUAUCCUGACUCACUACCUUCCCCUGCUGGACAGAUCAGACAUACCACAGGACCUCAGGGGCAAGCGUUCCAUCAUCUUUGGGAACCUGCAAAAGCUUCAUGAUUUUCACAGCCACUACUUCCUGCCUGAGUUGGAGGCCUGCCAUGGUGAUCCCGCUAUGGUGGCCCGUUGUUUUCUCAGACAUAGAGACAGUUUUGGCCUUUAUUCACUCUACAGCAAGAAUAAACCUCAGUCAGACUCCCUGCUACUGCAUCGUCGCCAUGACAUCUUCAAGAGAAAGCAGCAGGAGCUCGGGGACAUGAUGGACCUGUCCUCCUAUCUGCUGAGACCCAUCCAAAGGAUCAGCAAAUACAGCCUCCUUCUGCAGGACACGAUGGCUCUGACUUCAUCACACUGGGCACAAGAUAUUCCCGAUGACAUCCUGGGUGCCAACAAUCCUGAAAAGGACCGGGCCGACAUCAGGGCUGCUGCUGACCUGGUUCGCUUUCAGAUGCGUCACGGCAACGACCUGCUCACCAUGGAUGCCAUCCAGAAUUGCGAUGUAAACCUAAAGGAGCAAGGUCAGCUCAUUCGACAAGAUGAAUUCACCGUUUUCUUUCGGAAGAAGAGAUGUCUCCGCCGCAUCUUCCUCUUUAAGCAUCUCAUUCUCUUCAGCAAGACCAAGAAGACAGACGUUGGAAAUGAAAUUUAUGUCUACAAACAGUCCUUUAAGACCAGUGACAUUGGCAUGACCCAUGACACAGGCGUGAGCGGCCUGAGCUUUGAGAUCUGGUUCCGCAGGAGGAAGAGCGAGGACACCUACAUUCUGAAGGCCAGCAGCAUGGAGGUGAAGAAAUCCUGGACCUCUGACCUAGAGAAAAUUCUCUGGGAUCAAGCAACUCACAGUCGAGAACUGAGGCUACAGGAGAGAGUGUUCAUGGGACUAGGCCCCAAAACAUUCAUGGAUAUUCAACCUAGUGACGCCGCCAUCUGUGACCGGGACGUCAGUGGCAUCCUGACUGGCAGAAUCCCUGUGGCGUGUUGUUCACGCAGGACUCUAGAAGUGGCCCGACCGGACUCCUUGGGGUCCACCUCCACUACUCUCAGCCGGUCGUCUUCAUCGUCAGGCCGUGGUUCGCUCUCACUCGCCGGCUAUGCUGGACACACUUCAGCCGGCCCUAUCCCUGACAGCGUACUGGACAAUGAAGUCAACGCUCGCCACUCUCUACUUCACCACGACUGUGAAGGCUGGAAAACAGAUCUUCGUACGCUAAAUUUGGCAGAUGCCACAGAUUCAUCUGAGGAGAACACCAAUGUGUUCUUCAGCGACUCCGGGCUCAGUUGUCUAUCAGCACUGGGUGGGGAGGUCGUGGACUCCUCAUCUUCGCUGGGCUCUCACAGUCCCAUAGCCCGCUUAACACUGUGUCAAGUGAACAGCUCACCAGCAGUCAACAGGAAGAACAUAGCCGUUGAUGCCAAGCCUCCACACCUGGCUAAUGUUCAGGGAGAUAUGCCCAAAGGAAAAUCAACAGAGGUUUAAGUCUCGAUUCCUGGACAAGACGUCUGCUGUGUUCUGGUCCACCUAAUGGCUUUCCAAGGUUUAUUAUCAAGCUUUAUCACGUUGGUUCCUUCCAUUCCAUGUGACUUUGGCCAUUAUGUGGCUUCAAACAGACACAUACGCACACACACACACACACACACACACACACACACAUGUACAGUCAGACGUUUGUGGCCUUUUUGUUUAUUUGGCAGUAUUACCCACUCAGAGAGAUCUUGUGGAAUACAAAAUAAGAAGUAAAUCCACAACUGGUUAAGAUUAAACAUUUUAUUUUUUUAACAUCUAAAAUGUACCUUUUUUUAUGGAUCAGCUUUUACUUUACACUAAGACGUUGUAUACAUUUAUUUAUAUGCCCAGGACCAAUUGCACACGCAUGUUCGUGUUUGUGCACAUUUGUGUCAAAAUUGGGUGACGUAGGAAUCAUAGUGAUCUUCAGUAAUAUCAAAUACAGCACAGGACCACAGACAAAUGCAUGUAUUGAUUAUUAUUUGAAGCAGAAGUGCAUGACUGAUGUCAUUUAAUUCAACAAUUCAAGGAAAAACUUGUUGCCCUUCAUAAACAUACAGUAAACAACAAAUGGGUAUAUCUACAAAUGGUUGAUUAAAUGUAUAGAUUUUUUAUUUACUGUACGUAAUUUUCCAAAUAUUUCAUUUUACUUUGUGUGUGAAUUGUGUGUUGCUGUGUUUUUUUGUUUGUUUGUUUGUUUGUUUGUAUUGUUUUUAAAGGGAAAUACCACUUGUGAACACAUGGUUUGUGGUUUUACGGUGCUCUGUAGUGAUAAAAGGCCACUUUUAGGAUUAAAAUAGUACAGAAUAGUACAGUAUUUGCUUUUUUAUUGUCUGGUCAAACACCCAUUGUUCACAAUUUGUUUGUGAAACCACAUUUUCUUUAUUUACAGUGUUUACGUGAAGUGAGUCACUUUACUGAAUUUUUUUCUUACUAUGCACUGUUAAGAUUUAGAUUUCUUGUUCAUGUUUUGGUACCAAUAAAGCUAUCAGAGUAAUGUUAUCACAACAUGUGACAAUCAUUUGAAUUUGCCUGUCAUGAAUGAUAAAUACAAAUAAAACUGAUGCCACCACUUUUGAUGAAUAAGGAAAUAUACAGUUGUGUGAGAAAAAUGAGAUCUGUCAUUUAAUUUUUGUUUGUUUGUUUGUUUUAUUAUAGUAUAUGAAAACAAAAACGGUACACAAUGUAAUUUUACUUGAAUCUGUAUUAUCUACAGUGGAGCCUUGUGAUAAGAGGGAUCUGGCAUAUUUUUUAAGGACUAACUGUCAUUUGGCAAUUUUAUCUGUGCUUUGACUUACGAGCAGAAAAAUUGAGAGACGAGCAUUGCAUGGUAGCAA